GCCACUUCCUGGGUGGAUUGUGCAGGUGAAGAUUAGACACACCCAGCGGGAGAUCAGACAGCUGAACCAAGAUCCAACUACCGGGACUUUUUUCAUCUGGAGCAUUCUUCCUCAGAUUAGACUUUCCUCUGAUCCAGUCAGACUGCUGAAAGUUAUAUUAGUGUUGAAAGCGCGCGCUGGUGUGUGUGUGUGUGUGUGUGUGUUAGUGUGAACACACAGAGAGAGAGAGAGAGAGAGAGAGAGAGAGAGAGAGAGAGAAACUCUGUAUAGAAUGGAGUUUUUGCGCACGGCUGUGUGUUCCAGUUGUGUGUUUGUGCUCCUGAUCCACACCUCGGUACAGAGCUGCAGUAAGGAGUUUAUGAAAGGCCGGGACGGGUUUGUAUUGAACACGGAGGAGAGCGUGGAGGAAGGAGCGACCUACAUCUCCAACCCGAGCGUGUGGACACGGGAGGCCUGUCUGAGUGCGUGCUGUUUGCUCCCCCACUGUAACCUGGCUCUGAUAGAGGCAAGACCGGAAGAAGACACACUCACAAACUGUUUCCUGUUCAACUGUCUGUACCGAAACCAAUUCGUCUGCAGCUUCGCAAAGAAAUCCGGAUUCACCAGUUACAUCGUGGACUCGGUUUAUGAGAAGCACUUGAGCGGCCCGGUGGUGAAGUCUGGAGAGAAGGAUAAACCUCCAAUAGCAAAUGCAGGAGCUGACAUAGUGACCAGAGCUGGAGAAGAAGUUACUCUGAAUGGCAUUGAGAGCUGGGAUGACAGAAAUAUCACCAAAUACGAGUGGACGCUUCUGAGUGGAAAUCCAUCUGUUGUGAUUAAGAACACGCAGUACUUGGAUCAGAGGCUGCUGUUAAACCUUCACCCUGGGGUUUAUCAUUUUCAGCUCAGUGUCACUGAUUCAGCUGCACAGUCAAACACUGCGACUGUCACCGUGUUUGUCCUCACAGCAGAACAGUCUGAGCUUCAUUGUUUGACCGCGAGAAAGGUGGGUCCGUGUCGUGGCUCUUUCCCUCGCUGGCACUUUAAUGCUGCAUCGGGUGAGUGUGAGCUCUUCACAUUUGGAGGAUGUAAACCAAAUGGCAACAACUACUUGUCGCAGCACGAGUGUUUAGAUGCCUGUAACGGCACCACAGGGAUUCCUGGAGCGAGAAAAAUUAAAACAGAAGUGUGUAACUCUUCCUGUGAGGAAGGUCAGUUUGUGUGUGCCAGUGGUUGUUGUAUAGACAGUAGUGUGGAGUGUGAUGGACAGCCAAACUGUAGCGACGGAUCAGACGAAGAAAACUGCCAACGCUUGAACAGGACUUUGGCUCAGUUACUGAACAUCGAUGUGAAUGAAGAGAGAGCCCGGUGUGUGGAUCCUCCUGUUACUGGGCCGUGCAGAGCAAGCAUGCCACGUUGGUUUUAUGAUCCAUUAAAGCAGAGCUGCUUUGGCUUCACGUACGGAGGUUGCAGUGGAAAUAAAAACAAAUUUGAGAAGAAAGAGGAGUGCAUGAACAGCUGCUCAGGGGUGACAGAAAGUGAUGUGUUUGCAAAAGGUGUGUUUCAACGGACUGAGGAACCCAAUGAACCUCACACAGGUUCUGUUGCUACUGGAGUCAUCAUUGCAGUGUUGAUCUUGGCUGUGAUCGGUCUUGUCGGUUGCUAUUGUGUGAAAAAGAGGAAGUCAGAGUCUCAGAGUGUUCCAGCUGCAGUGAAUCCUCCAGUACCACUGACUGAGGAGUCACGCACACUGAUCUAAACACACACACACACACACACACACACACACACACACACACACACACACACACACAUUCACUCUCUCCAAUUUCAUUCGUAUGUGUGUGUGUGCGCACACAUAUGUAAACACUCACACAUUGUGUUUUAUAAAUUGCAUAUAUAGUUUUUUUGUGAAGUUGUGUAAAUAAUAUCUUCAGUUAUUAUAAACUCCUUAAACUCAAUUUUUAUUGAUGUUCUUUGUAUUGUUUUGUUUCUCAGGUCGAUUUAGUUGUUUUAGUAGUUAUCUUUUUCUGUUUUUCAGAUUAUGGACAAAUGUAUUUUAUGAAACUUAUUUUAUAGCUUUUUAAAAUGUUUCAAUAAAGGGAAUUUCACAAAUCUGAA